UUAUCCCCUAUGAUAACUAUAUAUUAGUAUUCUAUUUAAUAUAAUUUUAUUUAAUCUCCUUAAUUAUACAUUUUUAGUUUAUCAUAUAUAUGGUGUGUGAUAUCCACAUAGAUUAAUACUACACAUUAUUAUCAUACAUCAUAAUAUAAUUUGAUCCAAUUUCUUAAUUAGAGAAGAAACAUUAUGUCACUCAAAAUAUAUUGUGAUCGGAUGUCCCAACCAUCUCGUGCAAUUCUCAUCUUCUCCAAGAUGAAUGGGUUAGACUUUGAGGAAAUAACUAUAAAAAUCUUUGAAGGCCAGCAACACACCCCUGAAUAUAAAGAAAUAAAUCCCAUGUCUCAAGUUCCAACUAUAGUUCAUGGAGACUUUAGGCUGUUUGAGAGUCAUGCUAUUCUUAUCUACUUAUGCUCCGCAUUUCCGCAAGUGGCUAGUCACUGGUAUCCGAGUGAUAUACACGAAAGAGCUAAAGUCCACUCGGUCUUAGACUGGCAUCAUUCGAAUUUGCGUCGUGGUUCAGUUGGAGUUCUUACGAACUUAAUGCUUUUACCGCUGAGAGGCGCCCCUUUAGACACUAAAGCAACCGAAGAAGCUGAGAAGACGCUUGAGAAGUCCUUGUCUAUAAUAGAAAGUUUUUGGCUAAAAGAUGGACCCUUUUUGGUUGGAAGAUCUCAACCAUCAAUAGCAGAUCUCUGCUUAAUUUCUGAAAUCAUGGAACUUCAGCUUCUGAGUGAGAGAGACCAUGAGCGGAUAUUAAGCCCUUACAAGAAAGUUUCUAAAUGGAUCGAAGAUACAAAGAAGGCGACCGCACCUUAUUUUGAUGAAAUUCACCAGGAUCUCUUAAUUGCCCAAAAAGGAUUUAGAGAGCAAUUGGAAAAUCUAGGAAAAACAAACUGAACAGAAAGACUCGAUCUCUCCAUGAUCGUUUAAUCCUCUUUUUAUAUAUUAAAGACUGCGUACAUUCGAUUUUUAGUUUUAUAAUUUAGCAUGCAAUGUGUCUAUGUGAUGUCUAUUGAGUUGCAAUAAACCAUUUCCAGAUUGUGUUUGUAA